CUAAUAACAAAGAGAGACCAAAACAUUAGAAUUUAACAAUUACAAAAUGAAACAAAAUUCCUUAUCCAUUUUCGCCGAAGACAUCCUAAGGGAUUAUGGCACAUUCAUGGAGGAACACGAUGAUAAAAUGAAACUGUUGCGAAAUCAAAUGCAUAGCAACUGUUUUGAUAAUUGUCAUAAUUCAUCUGUGGCACCGGCUAUUGAGAUAAAUUACAUGGACAACGACUUUAUAAUCGGCAACUGUAUGAAACUGUCCGAAGCCGAGUUGCUGGCCAACAAGCCGCUCACAACUCUUGCCAAUUUGUGUAAUCAAUGCAACGAUUUGACCAAAUCCGCACAACAACUGCAACUCAAAUUUUUGAACGCAAACUCUCAAAUAGAGAUCCAACAAGUGUCGCAGGGGAGCACCAAAAAUGUGGGACUGGAGUGCACUCUAUUCCAAAUGAGCGCCGCCAUUGACUUCUUCUGUCAAGUGUAUUUUCUGCUCGAGCGCGCCAUUCUUGUACUCCAGAAUAUUUGGACACAAAUCACAUCCUUCGUAUCCAUAUCUGUUGACAUCCAUGAAGCGUCCCUUUUUAAUGUUUUCGAUGCGAUGGUUAAAUUAUUGGAACAGAUUGUUGUCUUUAACGAGAUCACCGAACAAUCGAGCCUAUCGAGCAAAUGGUCCUUCUACAAAAAGUGGCUGCAGACGCUGGCCAAGAGCAAUGCAACUUAUGAGCAUUGUACCAAUUUCGAGAUCAAUGGCCUUCAAACAUCGCUUGAUGACAUCGAAUCAGUGAUUUCUGGCAAUGUAUUUCGGAUACUCUUGGAUAGCUUGCUGGAUACGAAGAAACAGAUGAAUCUGAAGGAUGCCAAUGUCAAUCUCAUAACUCAACAUUCCAAUGCAUACAUUCGCAUGCUGGUUGGCUCGAUUGAGACGCAUCAGCCGAACGAGUACAAGAAUUAUGAGGAGCCCAAGCAUCUAAUACGACUGACAGCAUUCAUUUGCGUGCUCCACAAGCUCGGCAUUCUGCUGGAUGGUAAACUAUUGAGGAAUGCCCUCGAGUCACUCGCAAGAUAUCAGCGUGUGCCCCUGAGCCGGAUGGUUUAUUGGUCGCCACACGCAUUCAUCGGGAAGCAUGCGAAAACUCUGGUAAAGAGCCAGGAUAAAGUGCAGGAUUGCCUAAAGCAAUAUCACGCAUCCAUUGAGAAAAUCAAUGCCAACGAUCUGAGAAGCUGUCGCCAGUUGGGCACCCACAUUGCAUUGUGGUCGAUUAACAUGCAGCGUGUCAUUGCUGCUGGGCCCUUUGGCCAGCUGAAGUCCUUCUCGAAACUAAUCCUACAGGGUCAGGGCUAUGCCGAUGAUGUAAACGGUCUUAUCGAUGGCCUAAUUAAGCGACACUUGGCGUUGGCAUUGCCCAUCACGAAAGCGACACUUUUCACAAUCUGUAAACUGAUGCAGUAUUUGCAGAUGUUGCAGCAAACCUUUGCAUCGAAUCAAAUCAUUUGCAUGCGCUUCUUAAGCUCCUUGCUGCAAUGGCAAAAGCAAAAGAUACUCCAUCUAUUGCAAUUGACCAAGAAGAGCAUCGCUGAUGUCAAGCAAAUGGAGAGAAAAAUGAGCAUUCUAUCGACGCUGAAGCUGUCGGAGAAAUCCAUUAAGGGCUAUCCCUCAAAACGGCGUCUGACCAUUCUAAAUCUGGCGCUGAGCGAAUUCCUGGGCAAAGAGCGCAUCCUGCCGACCGAUAAGCAAAAACUGCUCAAAUCCAUUUCGUUGCGAGCGAACAAUCUGUGUCGCUACCAAGCCAACCUGCUCGGCCAGUUCGAUUCGCCGACUCUGAUCAACAAUUACGAUUCGGUGGCGCUAUCCGAUGUCGCCCUCAAGGAGUACGUGCAGCAGCAGCGCAAUCCCUAUUUACUGCAAAAUAUGUUCGCAGCAUGCAACAAGCUGGAUAAGAAUCUGGGCUUAUUUAAUCUGAGCAACGAGUGUCCCAUGACCAGCACAAGGAUCUUGGACGGGGAGCGGGACUUCCUAUGUAAUCAUUUGGAGUACCUAUUGCGCGUGGAGGCAUUGUCACAUCUCCUACUUAGCCAGGAGCAGCCAUUCACCCAGCAGACGCUCGACUACAGAAACUGCAUUCAAAUGUCGGCAAUUGAAGUUGCCGGCUCUUAUAAUAUACUGAAAGAUAACCUGGAAAACUAUUUCACUGCAACGUUCUACAAUUUAACGACCAUCGCGCCACAUGAUUGGAAAUCAUACGAAAAGAUGCGUCAUUUGGCUAAUAAACUUUUACAAUUGCGACCAGUCGAUGAUUAUUUGCCCAAUCAAAUAAUCGAUCAAGGCAUCGAUGUGCUGCAGAUAAUGCGGAAUAUACACACAUUCGCCUCGACGUAUGCGUACAACAUGAAUCUGCAACUGUUCGUGGAGAUGGAGAGUCGGAACAAGCAUCUCGAUAUUAUUGGGACGCGGCACGUGGCCAAUUCGGUGCAGACACAUGGCACGGGCAUUAUAAACACAACCGUCAACUUCAUCUAUCAAUUCUUGAGGCAAAAGUUCUACACGUUCUCAACGUUUCUGCACGACGAGCACAUCAAGUCGCGACUCCUCAAGGAAUACCGCCACCAUGCCGAGCACAAGCAUAUUAAACCAUAUCAGUCGUAUCCGUACGAAAGAGCCGAGAGCUUUAUCAAGAAAAUACGCAAAUUGGGUGUCUCCAGCAAUGGGGAGACAUACAUGGAUCUAUUCCGUAAAGUAAUCACUCAAGUUGGCAAUGCUGUUGGCUAUGUGCGUUUAUUGCAAUCGGGCAGUAAAAAUGCCAACUUUCGAAGCCGUUCUUUCAUGUGCAGAUUUAACAGCAAUUUCGGGCGAUGCGAGGACAAAAGCCUGGAGGCAACAACCACGGGUUCCAUUAGGGAAUACGAGAAGAGUGUCGAGCAUCUUAAGGAGUGUUAUUCCGACUGCACCAAUUACUUUAAGUUAUUGAUGCAAGGAUUUCAACCAUUUUUAUGCAAUCCACACAAUCAUCACUUGAGAACGUUCUUCCUCAUAACGCCCGCCCUGAUUAUGAACUACAUUGACUACCGGGUCAAGGAGAAGCUGAAAAUGUAUAAAAAGGAUCAACCGAAAUGUUCGCUGUUCGAGGACGGAUUCGCCAUUGGCCUAAUCUAUAUACUCAACAUGUUGAAUCAACUGGGCGACUUCCAUGAGCUCGGCUGGAGCCAGACAACCGCACAGCAGCUGGCUGCCGAGCGAUUCAAGCUGAACGACAUGUUGUCCACCAGCAGCAAGGACCAAAGCAAUUCGCCACAGAAGCCGCACAACAUCGACGAGAAACUACUGCAGACCGUCGCAAUCACGGAGCGGCAUGUGAACGCCUUUGAGCAUGAAUACAACUUACUUUAUGCCACUUUAAGUAGCGCUGAAAUCUUCUUCCAAUAAAUCCCUAUUAUCCAAAUAUUA